UCCUCAUGCAUCUGUUGCCGCGUGUGAGGAAGCUCGCUGAAAGAGUCGAGCAUCGGUACAUUCAAAUUAUUAUUCAACAAUAAGAACGAUUGCACACACGUAACAAGAGGAUUUAGGUCGGCGUGGGUAUGGAAUAAUCUUGUCGAGGAAUGGCUAAGAAAAAAAUUCGACUGGCUGUACCUGAACCCGGGUGCAAAAAAGAGGGGACAGCUCCAGGAAGGAGGAAAAAGGAGGGCCAGUGCCCAGAGGAACCGAACUCCAAAAAACUGAAGGUGAAUAAAGCGACAAGGACACCGGGGAAAGCAGUUAGAAGACCUAGCUACCAAACCCCUCCAGGAUGCGCAGAGUCUGAUCAAACAGCCAAACAGAGAAACAUUAUUCAUUACAUUAACAAGAAUGCACUGGGUCAAAGCAUUCCUUCACAGCUGCGACAGUGUCUCCAGCAGCCGUUUGUGCGCUCCCUGGCUUCCUACAAGCUCUUCCGGACAGCCAGCCCCUUCGAUCGCAGAGUGACAAGCCUGGAGUGGCACCCGACGCACCCCAACACUGUGGCCGUGGGCUCCAAAGGUGGAGACCUAAUUCUGUGGAACUACGAAGUGUUAAAUAAGACCUGCUUCAUACAAGGGAAAGGAGCAGGGGAUUUUAUUGGGGGGAUGAAGUUCAGUCCUACCAACCCAUCCCAAGUCUACACCGCGUCUGGCGAUGGCACUCUGAGUCUGCAGGAGUUUGGUGGUAGAACAGCUCAAAUAUUCUCAAGAACCUCAGACUGCAGGCACGAUCACCAUAAUGUUUGUUUGUGGUACUGCAGCCUUGACGUCUCUGCAAGCAGACAGGUGGUGGUGACUGGAGACAACGUGGGAAACACUGUCCUCCUGAGCGCAGAUGGCAAAGAGAUUUGGAAUCUCAGACUGCACAGAAAGAAGGUGACCCACGUGGAGUUUAACCCUCGCUGUGAUUGGCUGCUAGCAACGGCUUCAGUAGACCAAACGGUUAAAAUCUGGGACAUGCGGCAUAUUAAAGACAAGAACAGUUUCCUGCACGAGCUUCCUCAUAAUAAACCAAUCAAUUCAGCCCAUUUCAACCUCACGGAUGGUUCCAAGCUGCUUACCACAGACCAGUAUGAUGAGAUCCGGGUCUACUCCUCUGCUGAUUGGUCUAAACCUCAGCACACUAUACAGCACCCACACAGGCAUUUCCAGCACCUCACACCUAUCAAGGCUACCUGGCAUCCACUGUAUGACCUGAUCGUAGCAGGGCGCUACCCAGAUCUCCAGCACACUGAUGAGUUGAGAACCAUCGAUGUGUUCGACGGCAACACAGGAGGGCUUGUGUGCCAGCUGCACAAUCCCAACGCUCCAGGAAUCGUCUCUCUUAACAAAUUUAAUCCCAUGGGAGACACACUGGCGUCAGGAAUGGGAUUUAACAUUCUGAUUUGGAGCCGUGAAGAAAUGGUGACCAGCAAGCAGGAAACUCUGUUGAAAAUGAUGCAAGAGCAGGGUAUUGGGGCCGGCACCUCCAGGGGACAGAGGGGACCUCAACGGCACCCCCGUGGGGAAGGCAGUGGAAACGCAGAACUGGGCAAGCUGAAAAAGAAGCUGGCCAGCCUGGAGUCAGCUGGAGUGAGCACCAAGACCAAGAUAAAGACUAAGGAAAACACCAAACCACAGAAAGAAAAGCAGAAAAAGAAGCACUUGCAGGACUAAGAAUGCAGUGCUAGGAUUAGUAAACCACAGGUCUGGAUUAGAUCAGUUUUAGCAUGGCUAUGGAGACAUGGUUAUCUAGUGGCAGAGUAAUUGUUGGUUUAAUCCAGACCACUGUCUACAUUCAUUAAUCAUUAUGGAUAACACCCAUACUUUAUUGUAAAUACGCAUUUGUAUAUAUAAACCUAUAUCUACUUUAUAUUGUAUUAUUUUGGUGUUUGACUCCCAUUCGUCAUUGCUGUUUUAAACUCCUGUUUUACCUGUUGGAAUAUUGAGAACGCUGUUGUUAAAAUGCCUAAUACAUGAUAAGCAGUUGUAAAAUCUGGAAUGUAAUGCCUAAAAUUAAAGGGGUGCCAAUUAAGCCUCCAACUGCACAAUUUGUUCCAUUUGACCAACGCAAAAAUUUACUGGAAAUGGGAAAAAAACCUUUAACUAAUUUGAAUAUCUGUAUUUGCUUUGCUGAGGCUAUUGAAAAAAAAGUUUAUUUUUUGACAGAUUUCUAUAUAAAAACGUUUGUAUUAAAACCUUUAUACAUGGCAGUUUUAUACAUUAAAAAAGCUUACUAUUCUACUGGCCUUGUGUUUAUUACUAGAGUAUAUAAUAUGAGUUGGCCAUUUUCAUGUAUACAUCAACAGCGAGUCAAAAAAUGCCACAUUGUACUUAAAAUUCAAAUAAGUUAUAAAGUUGAUAUGUAAAAAAUGUGCCACCAAAAAAUAAUAAUAAAUGCCGCACUCCAUCUGGUUAUAUUGAAUAUGAAUUAACAGCAAUACCAUUGAAAUCCUUUAGUUUCAGUCAUGCAUUUGUUCUAUACAGGACUACAGUAAGGAUGUAAUGCACUCGCCUUUGCAGUCCAGCAGAACAAUUGGGUCCCAAGGAUCCAUAUGUAUACAAUAUGGGGGGGAUAACUUGUGUUGGUUUCUGAAUAGUCAUGUCUGUUCAUUUUACAGACAUGUAGGUUUGUAAAUUUCCUCCCAAUUUUCAACAUGCAGGCGCUUUGGCGCUUAAUUCCCAGUCAUUAUAAUCAUGGACAUUGGUGCUUCCUUUUUCACAAUUAAAAGAGGUAUCAUUCAUUGUAAAUGUAUUUCAUUUUAUUUUAAAAUAUCAAUUCACAAGCAAGAAGUUAAAUUAAUAAAAAUUAACCCCCUUUUCAGGGUUGAACAGACCUUAACGAUGUUGCAAAAUCUUUUUUUUUUUUGGUCCAACCCUUCUGUGGCACUAGACUACCAA